AUGUUUUAUAAAGACGGCAGCAAAUCAAUUAUCCUUCCUAAGGAAAUCGUGAGAAACCUCACAGAGAAAGAAAUCAAGCAGUUAUUGCAAAACCACAUCGUUCGGCAAGAUGAAUCAGGAGGACUUCAGGCACUACCAGAACGAGCGAUGGAGGUUCAACAGCAAGAAGAAAACUUCACUCGCGAGGAAGCACUUCUGAAUGAACUUAUUGACACCAUAAAAGAAUUCCAUAAAUUGAAAAAAAAUAACCGUUUAAAAUAUGGAAUAAAUACAAAGUUUAAUAACCGAUAUUGA